AUGGCAGCUGCCCUUUCUCUUGUGUGGUCUUUUAAACUGAUGUCAGUAGUGUUACUUGCAAUUUGCAGCUUAUCAGAUUGCUAUGAUCCAAUGGAUCCUAAUGGAAACAUUACUGUCACUUUUGACAUUCUCCAAUGGACCUCAAAUCCAGAUGGUUAUCUGGCAAGGGUGACUAUCCAAAACUACUAUCAGUAUCGCCAUGUGGACAAGCCUGGUUGGAAUAUAGGCUGGACAUGGGCAAAUAAUGAAGUGAUUUGGUCAAUGAAAGGUGCCUUUGCCACAGAUAUGGGGAACUGCUCUUCCUUCAAGUCCCAAACACCACACUCCUGCAAGAAAGACCCUGUCAUAGCUGACCUUUUGCUAGAACAAGCUUCGCCAGAAAACAUGACUGCAGGCUGCUGUAGAGGCGGCACUCUCUACCCUCGAACCAUUAGCCCUUCAAACUCAUUCUCUUCCUUUGAAGUUCUAGUUGGCACUCCGGAAGGGCAUGCUUCUUCUGCACAUGCACCUAAGAAUCUUACCUUAUUGGCACCAGGUCCUGGCUACACUUGUGGCCCCCUUUCGGAUGUUGAUCCCACAGUUUCUUCAGAUAUUGGAGGCAGAAGACAUGUCCAAGUUUAUAGAACAUGGGAAUCAACUUGCACUUACUCAAGCUUUUUGGCCAACAAAGCACCAAUGUGUUGUGUUUCACUUUCUACAUUUUACAAUCCCAUUAUCACAGCAUGCCCUACUUGUAGCUGUGGAUGUAGAGAGGCUGACAAAAGUACUGAUUCUUGCAUGAGCAUGAGAGAAGGAGCCCAACUAUCAAGUUCAAGUUCAGCAGAUAACAUGGACAUAGUAAAAUGCAGUGAUCAUAUGUGCCCUGUUAGAGUUCAUUGGCAUGUUAAAAACAAUUACAUGAAUUAUUGGAAGGUAAAGCUUACAGUUUCAAACUACAACUAUCAAAGAAACUACACAGAUUGGAAUGUACUAGUUCAGCAUCCAAAUCUCAUGCUAUUGGAAAAAGCAUAUAGUUUCAACAGUACUUUGCUUCCAGCAGUUGGAUUGGGAGAUGAGGUGGGCCUGUUUUGGGGACUAAAGUACUACAAUGAGUUGUUGUUGAAUGCUGAUGAGGACAAAGUGGGCUCAGUGAGUACAGAGAUUCUAUUGAGAAAAGACUUUGAAUCAUUUACAUUAAGAAAUGGAUGGGCUUUCCCAAGAAGAAUAUAUUUCAAUGGUGAGGACUGUCAAAUGCCUCCACCAGAUGACUUCCCAAUAUUACCAAAUGGUAGCUCCAAACAGAAACCAUUUCACUCUUUGGUCCUUGCUUUGAUUAUUUUUUCUUUCAAGACACUUCUUUAAUGAAUAACUAACCAUAAACAAGCCUCUCUUUUUUCUUUUUUCUUUCUGUUUUUGGGAUAUUCUUGAUCUCUUGGUUCCUCCUGUACAGUUUGUAACUCAUUUGAAUUAGACCAACUUCUGAUCUUUUU